AUGCCUGAAAACUCCGAAGAACAGCCUGUCAAGCUGACCAUCACCCAUUAUCGGAAACCGCAGCACACUCAUGAGGCUUUCAUCAACUGGAUGGUCGAAAGCCACCUGCGAGUAGCCAUUCCGGUGUUUAAGAAGCAUGGGCUUAUUAGCUACCAUCUAUUUGUUACCCCGCCAGCUAUGAACCUUUCGUUGAAGGAAGAAAUGGCACCGAUCAAGCCGAGCUGGGAUUUUGCAGGGUACGAUUGCGUGAUUGAGUACAUUGUUCCCAGUUUCCAGAUAAUGAGGAAUAUAAUGUCUGAUCCCGGGUGGCAAGAGUCCCUCAAAGAUCAAGACGACUGGGUCGACGGACCCAAGGCUUUGCUUUCCAUUGGCCAUUCUAUUCCAUACCUACUGAACGGAGAGGCUGUGAAUCUGCCUGUAUAA